UUACCCAAUUACCUUCAAAUAAAAGGGCGAUACACAACACUGGGUUGUGCAACAUUGUCCGAUCAGCUGAGUUGCGUUGUUGACAGUAGUGAUAAAUGUUUGGAGGUUUUCAAUUGCGAAAGUCGUGGAAAACUAUAGGAAUUGUAAAAAUUGUUUGAUGCAGCAGUGGUUAAUGUUACAACUGAUAGCAUAAAAAGGCAACGACAAUGGCGAAAGCGGUCAACAAUAUGGGAAUGUCGAUUGUGGAGCCUCAUGAGCGGAUUCGCUUCCUAUCCAAUUACGGAAAUAUAAUUGAAGUGGACGCCAAUGUGCCAGUUACACGAUACUAUCGCUCGGGCACUGAAAUGCUUCGCAUGGCAAAUGUUUAUCUCGCUGAGGGAAAUCACGAAAACGCCUUUAUUCUCUACAUGAAGUAUAUGACGCUAUUUAUCGAGAAACUUCGGUCACAUCCAGAAUAUCCGAAAAUAAAGUCUGAGGUAAAAGAAAUUAAUAAACGGAUUAAAGAUGAAAUCAUGCCGACCACUGAGAAAUUGCGCGCCAAACUGCUUGACCGAUACCAAAAGGAGUAUGAACAGUUUCUUGCAAACAAGGAGGCCGAAAAAGCACGAGAAUUGGAGCGGGAACGUAAAAAACGAGCAGCCGUAACUGAGGGCGGAAGUGGAAGAGGCGUAGGUUCCUAUAUACCAACUAAUCUUCAUGUUCAAAUAGAUCCAAGUAUGCAGCCCAGUGCACCGGAUGUUGGACUUUUGGAUAAAGUUGUUUAUCCCAAUGAUUUCCCAACUGGCGCAAAUCGUUCAAACUUGCCCAGCUCAGGACUGCUCUUGCCGGGAGACGCGGACAAAGAAGGCGCAAAAUCAAUAAGUAAACCGCCCAGCUUUGAUCGUAGUCAGAAGCCGCAAUUCGAACGCUCCGACUCCCUACUGGCGGGAUCAUUGCGCACCGUAAUGAUUCCUGGAAACACAAUGGAUGUAUUCUUGCAACUGGCGCAAAGCAAUACUACGAAGAAUAUCGAAACUUGUGGUAUCCUAGCAGGACAUUUGGCGCAAAAUCACUUAUUUAUAACACAUAUUAUCAUACCAAAGCAACAGGGCACACCUGACAGUUGCAAUACCAUGCAUGAGGAGGAGAUUUUCGACGUGCAAGACCAGCAAAAUCUCAUUACACUCGGUUGGAUUCAUACUCACCCCAGCCAAACAGCAUUCCUCUCAUCAGUGGAUUUGCAUACACAUUGUUCGUAUCAAAUGAUGAUGCCCGAAGCAAUUGCAAUUGUUUGUGCGCCUAAAUAUAAAACUACUGGUUUCUUCAUCCUCACACCGAACUAUGGUUUAGACUAUAUUGCACAAUGCAGGCAAACUGGUUUUCAUCCACAUCCUAAUGAACCACGCUUAUUUAUGGAAGCGCAGCACAUUCAACUCGAUAGCCAGAGGAAGAUAGAAGUAGUGGAUCUGAGAAGAUAGUAUGUGGAGUUUUACGUUUGAGAAGGCCUUAUAGACACUAUAUUAUACAUACCUAGGAAAAAGAUGGCGUAAUGAUCGCUAAGCGAAUUUAAAAUAAAUGGAAAGAUGCAACAAAGGCAAAUAUGGGAAAAUUAUUAAAAGUUCCUUUUGCAAUACCACAGAUGUGAAGAAGAUAAAUCACCAAACAUGCAUUUGCACAUUUUGUAAUUAUGUAUGUGCAUCAGCAUUCGCAAAAUCAAAGAAGAAAAUUUACUUUACUACGCUAUAAGGCAAUACUUUUGUAACAAAUAUGCUAGCACGCUGCAUCCAGAUCGCGAAAUUAACAUAAUAAAUAUUGAGACAUCUUGCUGCAUAAAUUUAAAGAAAAAAUAUUUUUAGACAAUUUUGCGCUGGAAAAGAAGAAUUCUAGACAGGAGAGAUUUUAGUGUAAAGAUUUAUAAAAUGAAAUUGAAUAUAGAAACAGUCAAAAAAAUUAUUGCUGUGAUUUGCAAUAAAUGUUAAACAAACGUUAGAAAAACCAACUUUGCUUAGCUGCAGUUGUACCUUUCUUUGCCGAUGUCGCUUUUUUCAAUGUUGUUAUUCAGUUUAUUUAUAUAUCACCCCUAUUGCGAGUUUCGGCUAUUAGUAGAUAAACGACUAUUAUUCGAUUAGCGCUUUCCAUGGUAUUGUGAAUGUGGAUUUCCCGUUCAGUUAUAACUUUUUGUUUGUAGAAGGAUGAGCGACUAAAUAUAAUUAAGACUCACUUAUUGAACGAGGAAACGACAUUGAAAAUACCAUGGAUAAUCGAAAAUCGAAUAAUAGUCGUUUAUCUAUUACUAGUCGAAACUCGCAAUAGGGGUGUAUACUUUGUCUCGUUGUACAAGAUGAUUUCACUAUAAUAACUAAGUUUUUGUUUACUCUAUUUACCAAAAUAGUUAAAAUUAAACAAAUAAAUAAAUCAUGAAAUGAACAACUUGUUAUUAGUUCUAGCCGAUAUUAGUUAUACUAAAUUAUUGUGUAUUAAAAAAGUUUAAUUAAGUGCAUAAAAAAAUAAAUAAAAAUAAUGUUAACUAAACACCCAAAAAUAUGUGGAUUCCCACAACAAAACGCGAUAAUUUAAA